GACACGCUCAAGGCGCAAAUUGGAUUUUACAAUGUAAAUAGAAAGCAGGAGAAUCAUUCGCGAAGUCGUAAAUAUCUAUUUAAAAUUACCUUAGACUGGGUACAUCAGUUAUUUACUGAACUAGCUCAUUGUGUAUUUGCUGAAACAGUAAUAUCGGUGUUUUUAGGAAUUACAAGGGAUUUAAAACAGAGGAAGCUAUGUAUCGGUCUCUGUAUGCUUUCCGAUCCGCGGAGCCCAACUCGCUCCACUUCGGGGCCGGGGAGGGCUUUCUGAUCCUGGAACGCAGCAACAAACACUGGUGGCUCGGCUCGCGCUGCAGUUCGGGCGAAACCGGCUACGUUCCUGCUUCUUACAUCGAAAGGAUUCAGGUAGGUUUAACAUGGAUUUUGACAAGCAGGUCCUCCAUGCUAGCUUUUUAGCAUGAUAGAAGAGUGGACCACAGAGAAUUGAACGAGGAGGCUAGGUCCAUUGGUGCGUGCAUUCCAAUAGACCUGAUUUCAGUUACUUUUGUGACUUUCAUGUGACAGUCCUCCCUGAAUGGGAGACAUGAGACAGAGCAUUUUGCUCUACUGCAUUGCCUGUGCCUCAGUUGUUUCUCAUACUAUACUUUUUGCUGCAUUCAACAGUAUUUUCCAUAUUCAAUGCACUAUGCUAACGUUUACAUGUAAACAAAAGUAUGUUUACAGAAUAAACCAAAAUGUUUCAAAUGGGUUAAUGAGAGAGAAUGAGAGAGGCUCAGAGGGGCUUGGCAAGUUCGCAAUGCCAGCUGUGUUUGCGCCGCAGUGGUCGUUGCGUCAUAAGCCAAAAAUGCAUGAAAAAUGUGGCGCCGCAUCUGUCAUGUGUGUCACGCGCAUUUCAGAUCUCGUGACUGAUAUGAGAUUAUAGCAAGUACAGUACAUAUGAUACAUUGCUUUUAAUCACAUGACAUAACACAAAUACAACUGUAAUCAAAUGUCUUAUGCUUUCUAUGGAGAUAGGGAAUUAACUGUGUCAAAUCUAGGUCAGUUAGAACAGUGGUUCCCAAAAGAACUACUUUUAUUUUAUUCUAGGAACUCAGUCCGGCUUUAAGCUUACUCUUGAAAGUUGUAAUAGUAGAAUGUGCAAGGUGCAAUUUCGAAAUUGAGUUUUGCAUCAUCAGUCCCUCUUGUCAUGUUAGUCAUUGCAUACCCUAGAGAGCUAUUUAUAACUUGUCAGAAACGUCCAGAUCAACUAGCCCAUGUCAGCUAAGGGUUUUUUUAUUUACGUUUUUUAACCCAUAUAUAUUGUUGUAAUUUUGUAGUCACCAAUAUCACAAGAGUACACAUUAGACGUGGCAGAAUGUAUAGAAUUGCCAGUGAUUUAGCUUUAAAACUUCAACAUUUUCUUUGCUCCCCAUGACAGAAUGUGUAGACUUGCAGGAAUAAGCUUUAAACCUGCAAAAUUCUCUCCACCAACAAGAGGUGUGAACAGUUUGUGUCAUGAUCAGUGCUUGUGCCCAUAAAACGGGGCACGUACGCGCACAGGUGGGGCGCGAAAUGUUCCCAAAUGCUGGAAGGGGGGGGCCACGAGUGAAAACGUUUGGGAACCCCUGAGUUAGAGCUAUGCUUAGUUUGUGACAGAAGACAGCUUCACAGAUUCAUGCAUGCAUCCUUUAGCCGGAGAUGUACUCUUAAGGACCUCCAGGACCUUGAAAUGCUUCUUACGAAGCCACUCCUUCGUUGCCCGGGCGGUGUGUUUGGGAUCAUUGCCCUUGCUGAUGGAAGGAGGUUUUCACUCAAAAUCUUACGAUACAUGGCCCCAUUCAUUCUUUCCUUUACACGGAUCAGUCGUCCUGGUCCCUUUGCAGAAAAACAGCCCCAAAGCAUGAUGUUUCCACCCCCAUGCUUCACAGUAGGUAUGGUGUUAUUUGGAUGCAACUCAGCAUUCUUUGUCCUCCAAACACAACGAGUUGAGUUUUUACCAAAAAGUUAUAUUUUGGUUUCAUCUGACCAUAUGACAUUCUCCCAAUCCUCUUCUGGAUCAUCCAAAUGCACUCUAGCAAACUUCAGAUGGGCCUGGACAUGUACUGGCUUAAGCAGGGGGACACGUCUCGCACUCCAGGAUUUGAGUCCCUGGCGGCGUAGUGUGUUACUGAUGGUAGGCUUUGUUACUUUGGUCCCAGCUCUCUGCAGGUCAUUCACUAGGUCCCCCCAUGUGGUUCUGGGAUUUUUGCUCACCGUUCUUGUGAUCAUUUUGACCCCACGGGGUGAGAUCUUGCGUGGAGCCCCAGAUCGAGGGAGAUUAUCAGUGGUCUUGUAUGUCUUCCAUUUCCUAAUAAUUGCUCCCACAGUUGAUUUCUUCAAACCAGGCUGCUUACCUAUUGCAAAUUCAGUCUUCCCAGCCUGGUGCAGGUCUACAAUUUUGUUUCUGGUGUCCUUUGACAGCUCUUUGAUCUUGGCCAUAGUGGUGUUUGGAGUGUGACUGUUUGAGGUUGUGGACAGGUGUCUUUUAUACUGAUAACAAGUUCAAACAGGUGCCAUUAAUACAGGUAACGAGUGGAGGACAGAGGAGCCUCUUAAAGAAGAAGUUACAGGUCUGUGAGAGCCAGAAAUCUUGCUUGUUUGUAGGUGACCAAAUACUUAUUUUCCACCAUAAUUUGCAAAUAAAUUCAUUAAAAAUCCUACAAUGUGAUUUUCUGGAUUUCUUUUUCUCAAUUUGUCUGUCAUAGUUGAUGUGUACCUAUGAUACAAAUUACAGGCCUCUCUCAUCUUUUUAAGUGGGAGAACUUGCACAAUUGGUGGCUGACUAAAUACUUUUUUUCCCCCACUGUACCCACACAUGUAUAAAUCAGUAACGUACAGCAACCUUGUACACAUUGUAAAAUAUAAAACAGUAUUCAGAACAUGACCUACCCCUUGCAUCACAUUUUCAUACUGGGAAGACCUGACGUUCGCGAUCGCCCCCUAGCUGCAAGCGGGGCCAAUCACAACACGCCUUAUUGUCAUCAGAGUUGAACCAACCAAUAAGAAUGUUUGAACAUUAAAUACACAUUUCUUUAGAGGCAAGUGGAAACAUAACCAACCCUUUUUACAUUACUUAGCCAAAUACUCCAUCUAAACGUGAAUCGAUUCUCAAUUGCAGUAUGGUUCUAGAAACAUAAAGCCCUGUACUUUCAUAUCACAUCAAAAUAAUUUCACACAUUUCAUAAAUAUACAGUUACUGUACCAGCUUUAUCACAGUUGCAGCCAACAGUAUUUUUCAGUGACAACACGUUUCUGUCGGCCUUCUUCCAUUACACACAGGAAUUCGGAGCAUGCUUGAUAGCUAAUUAGCACAGGUGGUCCCUCUGUCUUCGGUAAACAGGCGCUGUAACAUGGAUAUAUGGCCGUGUGGGAACACUAACCCUAUAAAGGUGUGUAUCAAUGUAACCUUUUGUUUUUGGAGAAAAAAAAUCUCGCCGAUAUGAAAGGGAAGGUCCUUAUGCUUCCAAAACCGUACAGCAAGCGAUGUGUGUUAAUGUUCAAACCUAGCGCCAGGGCUCUUUAAAAAAAAAAACUUCACAAGACACCUUCCUCCACCUUAGUCCAAUUACUCUUAUGUGUAAUGUAAUGGAACUGAGAGUCAUGAUCAAGGGCUAGCAUCCCAUAUGAUGUCAUAGCUACACAGCUGGAUGCUCAAUGAGUUCUCAGUGUGAACUGCUUGUUUCUGAGUGUGUUUUGCUGAAAUUUCAUCUGACUAAUCAGUCAAAUGAAACCAUGCUGAAACAGAGCGAUAUUCAGUGUGGAUUCCAGGUUGUGCAGCAGGAUUUGCUGUGUCUGUCGAGUGUGUCCCUGCCUGGGCCGUGUAGGUCAGGUCAGCGGGGAUGUCUGAGUCUGUAUCUGGACUGCGUUAGUUGGUACAAUACCAGUCAAAAGUUUGGACACACCUACUCAUUCAAGGGUUUUUCUUUAUUUUUUCUUUUUUCUACAUCAAAACUAUGAAAUAACACAUAUGGAAUUAUGUAGUAACCAAAAAAGUGUUAAACAAAUCAAAAUAUAUUUUAUAUUUGAGAUUAUUCAAAUAGCCACCCUUUGCCUUGAUGACAGCUUUGCACACUUUUGGCAUUCUCUCAACCAGCUUCAUGAGGAAUGCUUUUCCAACAGUCUUGAAGGAGUUCCCACAUAUCCUGAGCACUUGUUGGCUGCUUUUCCUUCACUCUGCGGUCCGACUCAUCCCAAACCAUCUCAAUUGGGUGGAGGUCGGGGGAUUGUGGAGGCCAGGUCAUCUGAUGCAGCACUCCAUCACUCUCCUUCUUGGUAAAAUAGCCCUUACACAGCCUGGAGGUGUGUUGGGUCAUUGUCCUGUUGAAAAACAAAUGAUAGUCCCACCAAACCCAAUCCAGAUGGGAUGGCGUAUCACUGCAGAAUGCUGUGGUAGCCAUGCUGCUUAAGUGUGCCUUGAAUUCUAAAUAAAUCACAGACAGUGUCACCAGCAAAACACCCCCACACCAUAACACCUCCUCCUCCAUGCUUUACGAUGGGAAAUACACAUGCGGAGAUCAUCCGUUCACCCACACCGCAUCUCACAAAACCACGGUGGUUGGAACCGAAAAUCUCCAAUUUGGACUCCAGACCAAAGGACAACUUUCCACCGGUCUAAUGUCCAUUGCUCGUGUUUCUUGGCCCAAGCAAGUCUCUUCUUCUUAUUGGUGUCCUUUAGUAGUGGUUUCUUUGCAGCAAUUCGACCAUGAAGGCCUGAUUCACACAGUCUCCUCUGAACAGUUGAUGUUGAGAUGUGUCUGUUACUUGAAGUAUGUGAAGCAUAUAUUUGGGCUGCAAUUUCUGAGGCUGGUAACUCUAAUGAACUUAUCCUCUGCAGCAGAGGUAACUCUGAGUCUUCCAUUCCUGUGGCGGUCCUCAUGAGAGCCAGUUUCAUCAUAGUGAUGGUUUUGGCGACUGCACUUGAAGAAACUUUCAAAGUUCUUGAAAUGUUCCAUAUUGACUGACCUUCUUGUCUUAAAGUAAUGAUGGACUGUUGUUUCUCUUUGCUCAUUUGAGCUGUUCUUGCCAUAAUACUUGGUCUUUUACCAAAUAGGUUUAUCUUCUGUAUACCACCCCUACCUUGUCACAACACAACUGAUUGGCUCAAACGCAUUAAGAAGGAAAUAAAUUCCACAAAUUAACUUUUAAGAAGGCACACCUGUUAAUUGAAAUGCAUUCCAGUUGACCACCUCAUUAGAGAAUGCCAAGAGUGUGCAAAGCUGUCAUCAAGGCAAAGGGUGGCUACUUUGAAGAAUCUAAAAUCUAAAAUAUAUUUUGAUUUAUUUAACACUUUUUUGGUUACUACAUGAUUCCAUAUGUAUUAUUUCAUAGUGUUGAUGUCUUCACUAUUAUUCUACAAUGUAGAAAAUAGUAAAAAAUAAAGAAAACCCUUGAAUGAGUAGGUGUCCAAACUUUAGACUGGUACUGUAUGUUCUUGUUCAGAGGGUUUGAUUUUGGUUAGAUAACUGUGAUGUCCUAGAUUUUUCCGCCCGGAGUCCCAUUUUGCCCUCCAGCCAAAUGUUUUGUUUGUUUUUGUUUCCAGUUUCAUAAUAACUAAUGCUGAUGAUGAAUAUUUCUCUCUCUCUCUCUCUCUGCCUCUCUCUCUCUCUGCCUCUCUCUCUCUGCCCUCUCUCUCUCUCUGCCCUCUCUCUCUCUCUGCCCUCUCUCUCUCUCUGCCCUCUCUCUCUCUCUCUGCCCUCUCUCUCUCUCUGCCCCUCUCUCUCUCUCUCUCUCUCUCUGCCCUCUGCCCUCCUUUCCUCUGUUCCCCAGGCUCCGGAACAGGAUGAAGUGUUACAGUCUAUCGACAGGGCCAUUGAAGAGAUCCAUAACGUGGCAAUGAAGAACGGGGGCAAAUACAACCUGGAGCAGCGAGACGUGCUACAGUGAGUGCAACAUUAACAUGCAUACACACACACACACACAUUUUCACAUUCAGAGCUCAUGCCCCUUUGCCCUUCCAGUCUCCAAAGUGCCCUUUUGGGUGGUAGUAAAAUUUCCCCCAAAAUGUUUUAUUUUUGUAUAAUAAUUUGAUCAUUGUUGUUCGGAACCCACUGCCCGCAAGUCAUCAUCUAGUUUGCCCCCCACCCGUCCGUUGGUUGCGCCUGUUAAACUGCCCUGUAUGGAGCUUGUGCGUGCCCUGUUGUGCAUUUUUCCCAGUCUGCCCUGUACGAGAAUGCGCACGCCCGGUAUCCAAAAAUGCAUGGCUUGAAAGAUGCGGUCACCGGUCGAGUGUGUAUGUGUAGCUAGCUACCUGUUUUAAAUAUCAACAGUACUGUCACAGCAGCACAUUUUAUUAACAGUUGAUAACAUUUGAUUUAGCCUACAUCAUCAAUAUUUGUUUUGGUUGGCUGAUACAUGCAGCAGCGUGAGGCAGAAAGACAUAGAGAGGAGUCGUUUCAUGUCAUUUCAGAAAGCCAUGACACCAUUUCAGAUUGUUCUGAAAUGGUUUCUGUAGUUAGAAACCGUUAAGAUAAGCAUUCCUGCAACAUUAUUUUGUUGAAAGACAAUUUGAACUAAGCUAAUUAUUGCACCCAAAUUGGACAUUUCAAUUGAUAGGAUUCAUUUAAUAUUCAAUAAAUAUAGUACCCAACAUCCGAUUUGGACCAAACCUCUUCAUAACAAUGAAGCCAUCCACGGACCCCCACACCAAACCUAACCCAAUGGCCAGUAUACAGUAUCAGUUCUCUAUGUUUGACAAGUAGUGUGCUGCUUGGAGUUUUGUUUAUUCAUACUUUGUAAUCUCAGUGAAUUUGAUUAUCUUUUCCCCCUUGUUCAGCCAAUGAAGUCGCUUGCAUUUCCCCCCAUAAAUUAGUGUGAAAGUACACGGUUUUGCACACUAGAUGCCGCUGUUCCUGCUACUUUCCACACCAUUUACAAAAAUUUGACUGGUCUCUUGUGUUUAUCAAGUGGAUCACAACAUUUUCUUUGCAACAUUGGGUAGAAAACCAAUAGUUUUUGCUCAUGUAGAAAAUAAAUUGUGUGGUCAUCCUCACAAGUCAAGCCAGUCCUCCAUGAAAGCAAUUAAGUUUGUCCAAACCGCUCGCCCACACGACGGCCGGUUGGACGUACUGCCAAAUUCUCUAAAACAAUGUUGGAGCCAGCUUAUGGUAGAGAAAUGAACAUAAAAUUCUCUGGCAACAGCUCUGGUGGACAUUGCUGCAGUCAGCAUGCCAAUUUCACGCUCCCUCAAAACUUGAGACAUCUUCGGUAUUGUGUUGUGUGACAAAACUGCACAUUUUAGAGUGGCCUUUUAUUGUCCCCAGCACAAAGUGCACUUGCGUAAUGAUCAUGCUGUUUAAUCAGCUUCUUGAUAUGCUACACCUGUCUGGUUGAUGGAUUAUUUUGGCAAAGAAGAAUGGCUCACUAAGAGGGAUGUAAACACAUUUGUGCAAAACAUUUGAGAGAAAGAAGCUUUUUUCUGCGUAUGGAAAAUUUCAGGGAUCUUUUAUUUCAGCUCAUGAAACACUUUACAUGUUGCAUUUAUAUUUUUGUUCAGUGUAGUAUGAAUAAACAAUACACCAUGCCACAGCUUUAUACUAGAGAACCUACAGUGAGGGAAAAAAGUAUUUGAUCCCCUGCUGAUUUUGUACGUUUGCCCACUGACAAAGACAUGAUCAGUCUAUAAUUUUAAUGGUAGGUUUAUUUGAACAGUGAGAGACAGAAUAACAAAAAAAAAAUCCAGAAAAACGCAUGUCAAAAAUGUUAUCAAUUGAUUUGCAUUUUAAUGAGGGAAAUAAGUAUUUGACCCCUCUGCAAAACACGACUUAGGACUUGGUGGCAAAGCCCUUGUUGGCAAUCACAGAGGUCAGACGUUUCUUGUAGUUGGCCACCAGGUUUGCACACAUCUCAGGAGGGAUUUUGUCCCACUCCUCUUUGCAGAUCUUCUCCAAGUCAUUAAGGUUUCGAGCCUGACGUUUGGCAACUCGAACCUUCAGCUCCCUCCACAGAUUUUCUAUGGGAUUAAGGUCUGGAGACUGGCUAGGCCACUCCAGGACCUUAAUGUGCUUCUUCUUGAGCCACUCCUUUGUUGCCCUGGCCAUGUGUUUUGGGUAAUUGUCAUGCUGGAAUACCCAUCCACGACCCAUUUUCAAUGCCCUGGCUGAGGGAAGGAGGUUCUCACCCAAGAUUUGAUGAUACAUGGCGCCGUCCAUCGUCCCUUUGAUGCGGUGAAAUUGUCCUGUCCCCUUAGCAGAAAAACACCCCCAAAGCAUAAUGUUUCCACCUCCAUGUUUGACAGUGGGGAUGGUGUUCUUGGGGUCAUAGGCAACAUUCCUCCUCCUCCAAACACGGUGAGUUGAGUUGAUGCCAAAGAGCUCGAUUUUGGUCUCAUCUGACCACAAUACUUUCACCCAGUUCUCCUCUGAAUCAUUCAGAUGUUCAUUGGCAAACUUCAGACGGGCCUGUAUAUGUGCUUUCUUGAGCAGGGGGACCUUGCGGGCGCAGCAGGAUUUCAGUCCUUCACGGCGUAGAGUGUUACCAAUUGUUUUCUUGGUGACUAUGGUCCCAGCUGCCUUGAGAUCAUUGACAAGAUCCUUCCGUGUAGUUCUGGGCUGAUUCCUCACCGUUCUCAUGAUCAUUGCAACUCCACGAGGUGAGAUCUUGCAUGGAGCCCCAGGCCGAGGGAGAUUGACUGUUAUUGCGAAUAAUCGCACCAACUGUUGUCACCUUCUCACCAAGCUGCUUGGCGAUGGUCUUGUAGCCCAUUCCAGCCUUGUAUAGGUCUACAAUCUUGUCCCUGACAUCCUUGGAAAGCUCUUUGGUCUUGGCCAUGGUGGAGAGUUUGGAAUCUGAUUGAUUGAUUGCUUCUGUGGACAGGUAUCUUUUAUACAGGUAACAAACUGAGAUUAGGAGCACUCCCUUUAAGAGUGUGCUCCUAAUCUCAGCUCGUUACCUGUAUAAAAGACACCUGGGAGCCAGAAAUCUUUCUGAUUGAGAGGGGGUCAAAUACUUAUUUCCCUCAUUAAAAUGCAAAUCAAUUUAUAACAUUUUUGACAUGCGUUUUUCUGGAUUUUGAUGUUGUUAUUCUGUCUCUCACUGUUCAAAUAAACCUACCAUUAAAAUUAUAGACUGAUAAUUUAUUUGUCAGUGGGCAAACGUACAAAAUCAGCAGGGGAUCAAAUACUUUUUUCCCUCACUGUAUACUGUAUACUUUAUUUUAUUUAUUAUUUUUAAAACGUUUUUACAUUUUAUUUUUAGUCAUUUAGCAAACGCUCUUAUCCAGAGCGACUUACAGUUAGUGAGUGCAUACAUUAUUUAUAUUUUUUUCAUACUGGCCCCCCGUGGUAAUCGAACCCACAACCCUGGCGUUGCAAACGCCUUGCUCUACCAACUGAGCUACAUCCAGUAUGAAAAUGUAUGCACUCACUAACUGUAAGUCACUCUGGAUAAGAGCGUCUGCUAAAUGACUAAAAUGUAAAUGUAAUCCCUGCCGGCCAUUCCCUCCCCUACCCUGGACGACGCUGGGCCAAUUGUGCGCCGCCCCAUGGGUCUCCCGGUCGCGGCCGGCUACGACAGAGCCUGGAUUCGAACCGGGAUCUCUAGUGGCACAGCUAGCACUGUGCCACUUGCCGUUGGGGUAGGGUGUGGUGGGUCCGUGGGUGGCUUUUGGCAAUUUUUUUGAAUUCCUCAUGUCUUACUCAUUGUUAGGAAGACGUUUUGUCCAAAUCGGAUAUUAGGUACUAUAUUUAUUAAAUAUUAUAUUAAUCCUAUAAAUGAAAGGGCCAAUUUGGGUGCAAUCAGUUAGCUUAAUUUUUUUAGAGAUCAAAAUAUAUUUCACCAAAAUAAUGUUGCAGGAAUUCUAAUCUUAUCUGUUUCUAACUACAGAAAUUAUGUCAGAACAAUCUGAGAUGGUGGGUGCCGAAAUCUCUUUCUUGUUCUUUUUGAGGUGGAACUACCCAGAGGUAAAUCACAAUCAGUAAUUUUAAAUUAAUUAAUUUAUUUCACCUUUAUUUAACCAGGUAAGCCAGUUGAGAACAAGUUCUCAUUUACAACUGCGACCUGGCCAAGAUAAAGCAAAGCAGUGCGAUAAAAAACAACAGAGUUACAUAUGGGGUAAACAAAACAUAAAAUCAAAAAUACAACAUAAUUUUUUUUUUAUAUAUAUACAGUGUGUGCAAAUGUAGCAAGUUAUGGAGGUAAGGCAAUAAAUAGGCCAUAGUGCAAAAUAAUUACAAUUUAGUAUUAACACUGGAAUGAUAGAUGUGCAAGAGAUGAUAUGCAAAUAGAGAUACUGCGGUGCAAAUGAGCAAAAUAAAUAACAAUAUGGGGAUGAGGUAGUUGGGUGGGCUAAUUUCAGAUGGGCUGUGUACAGGUGCAGUGAUCAGUAAGGUGCUCUGACAACUGAUGCUUAAAGUUAGUGAGGGAGAUAAGAGUCUCCAGCUUCAGAGAUUUUUGCAGUUCGUUCCAGUCAUUGGCAGCAGAGAACUGGAAGGAAUGGCGGCCAAAGGAGGUGUUGGCUUUGGGGAUGACCAGUGAGAUAUACCUGCUGGAGUGCAUACUACGGGUGGGUGUUGCUUUGGUGACCAAUGAGCUAAGAUAAGGCGGGGAUUUGCCUAGCAGUGAUUUAUAGAUGACCUGGAGCCAGUGGGUUUGGCGACGAAUAUGUAUUGAGGACCAGCCAACAAGAGCGUACAGGUCACAGUGGUGGGUAGUAUAUGGGGCUUUGGUGACAAAACAGAUGGCACUGUGAUAGACUACAUCCAAUUUGCUGAGUAGAGUGUUGGAGGCUAUUUUGUAAAUGACAUCGCCGAAGUCAAGGAUCGGUAGGAUAGUCCGUUUAACGAGGGCAUGUUUGGCAGCAUGAGUGAAAGAGGCUUUGUUGCGAAAUAGGAAGCCGAUUCUAGAUCUAACUUUGGAUUGGAGAUGCUUAAUGUGAGUCUGGAAGGAUAGUUUACAGUCUAACCAGACACCUAGAUAUUUGUAGUUGUCCACAUACUCUAGGUCAGACCCGUCGAGAGUAGUGAUUCUUGUCGGGUGGGCGGGUGAUUCCAGCAGCGUUCGAUUGAAGAGCAUGCAUUUAGUUUUACUAGUGUUUAAGAGCAGUUGGAGGCUACGGAAGGAGUGUUGUAUGGCAUUGAAGCUCGUUUGGAGGUUUGUUAACACAGUGUCCAAUGAAGGGCCAGAUGUAUACAAAAUGGUGUCGUCUGCAUAGAGGUGGAUCUGAGAGUCACCAGCAGCAAGAGCGAUAUCAUUGAUAUACACAGAGAAAAGAGUCGGCCUGAGAAUUGAACCCUGUGGCACCCCCAUAGAGACUGCCAUAGGUCCAGACAACAGGCCCUCCGAUUUGACACAUUGAACUCUAUUUGAGAAGUAGUUGGUGAACCAGGCGAGGCAGUCAUUUGAGAAACCAAGGCUAUUUAGUCUGCCAAUAAGAAUGCGGUGGUUGACAGAGUCGAAAGCCUUGGCCAGGUCGAUGAAGACGGCUGCACAGUACUGUCUAUUAUCGAUUGCGGUUAUAUUAUAAUUUAGGACCUUGAGCGUGGCUGAGGUGCACCCAUGACCAGCUCGGAAACCGGAUUGCAUAGCGGAGAAGGUACGGUGGGAUUCGAAAUGGUCGGUGAUCUGUUUGUUAACUUGGCUUUCAAAAACUUUCGAAAGGCAGGGAAGGAUGGAUAUAGGUCUGUAACAGUUUGGACCUAGAGUGUCACCCACUUUGAAGAGGGGGAUGACCGCGGCAGCUUUCCAAUCUUUGGGGAUCUCAGACGUUACGAAAGAGAGGUUGAACAGGCUAAUAAUAGGGGUUGCGACAAUUUCGGCUGCUAAUUUUAGAAAGAAAGGGUCCAGAUUGUCUAGCCCAGAUGAUUUGUAGGGGUCCAGAUUUUGCAGCUCUUUCAAUCAGCUGUCUGAAUUUGUGUGAAGGAGAAGCGGGGGGGACAUGGGCAAGUUGCAGCGGAGGGUGCAGAGCUGGUGGCCGGGGUAGUGGUAGCAUGGCCAGCUGUGCAAAAUGCUUGUUGAAAUUCUUGAUUAUUGUAGAUUUAUCGGUGGUGAUAGUGUUUCCUAGCCUCAGUGCAGUGGGCAGCUGGGAGGAGGUGCUCUUAUUCUCCAUGGACUUUACAGUGUCCUAAAACUUAGUUAGUGCUAUAGGAUGCACAUUUCUGUAUGAAAAGGCUAGCCUUUGCUUUCCUAACUGCUUGUGUAUAUUGGUUCCUAACUUCCCUGACAAGUUGCAUAUCGCGGGGGCUAUUCGAUGCUAAUGCAGUACGCCACAGGAUGUUUUUGUGCUGGUCAAGGGCAGUCAAGUCUGAGGAGAACCAGGGGCUACAUCUGUUCUUAGUUCUGAAUUUUUUGAAUGGGGCAUGCUUAUUUAAGAUUGAGAGGAAAGCACUUUUAAAGAACAACCAGGCAUCCUCUACUGACGGAAUGAGAUCGAUAUCCAUCCAGGAUACCUGGGCCAGGUCAAUUAGGAAGGCCUGCUUGCUAAAGUGUUUUAGGGAGCGUUUGACAGUGAUGAGGGGUGGUCUUUUGACCGCGGACCCGUUACGGACGCAGGCAAUAAGGCAGUGAUCGCUGAGAUCCUGGUUGAAGACAGCGGAGGUGUUUUUAGAGGGUAAGUUAGUCAGGAUGAUAUCUAUGAGGGUGCCCAUGUUUACGGAUUUAGGGUUGUACCUGGUAGGUUCCUUGAUAAUUUGUGUGAGAUUGAGGGCAUCUAGUUUGGAUUGUAGGAUGGCCGGGGUGUUAAGCAUAUCCCAGUUUAGGUCACCAAGCAGUACGAACUCUGAGGAUAGAUGGUGGGCAAUCAAUUCACAUAUGGUGUCCAGGGCACAGCUGGGGGCUGAGGGGGGUCUGUAGCAAGCGGCAACAGUGAGAGACUUAUUUCUGGAAAGGUGGAUUUUUAGAAGUAGGAGCUCAAACUGUUUGGGCACAGACCUGGAUAGUAUGAUAGAGUAAAAUAAAUUGAGCUAGCUAACCUAGCAGAUUUACAUCAAUCAUCAACGUCAUGAUCAGUUGCAAUUUGUCACAUGUUAUCACAUUAACUUCACAUAAGAUCAAAUAAAAACAUGAAUUUUUGGAACACUUCACAUGUGUACACGUGAAGUUCAUGUGUUUUUUCCGUAUGUGAGCCCACCCUUUUUUUCUCGAUGUUAAUCAUUUACAUUUACAAUCAUGUCUUUAGGAGGCACUGUAACUAGCUUGCUUACAGUUUGUGAUGAGAGAGUGUGUUGCAGAAAUAAAUCGGCCUACGUUAAACAAAACUGUUUUGGUUACAGAGGCAUUUAGAGCACCUGCCCCCUGAAAGGUCUGUGUACGGCCCUGCUCCCAUUGUUAUACCAAACACAACCAUGCAUGCAAAUCAGUCUCAUGUUGUCUGAUAUUGAAUGGUCACUGUUAUGUAAAAUCCUCAUGCUGCAGGUUCCUGAUUGGUGGAUCUUCUGCAUUGUUUCUCUCUGAUCAGUUAUCUUCAUAGGCUGCAUCAUUAUAUAGCCUGGUGCACUAUUUUAGUAGUAUUAAAUGCCGUUUUAGACAUAGCCACUGUCUCUCUCUCUCUGUGUCUGUCUGGAACAGGAAGUUGAUCCAUCACAGGAAGGAGACCCUGUCAAGGCGAAGUCCAACUCCAUCCAGUCACAAGCAGGGCCUGCCCUCAUCUACCAGCGAACUGUCCCUCAGCCACACCCCUCAACCACCCAAUGGGAUCAGCCGCACCCUGUCAGAGAGUACCGACAAUGUUCAAGGGCUUUACCAGGUAUUGGAGACUAGAAUUCGUACACACCUGAAGAAAAAUACUUCAUUGUCAAUUUUUUGAGGAACCUGAGACAAGUGCAUGCACAUAAAUAUCCUGAUAUUUACUCUGUUAUCUCUGUUAUCUCUGUUAUCUCUGUUAUCUCUGUUAUCUCUUGCAGGUGCCUCCUCAGUCCCGCCGUGCAGCACCCAUAACCCCGCCCCCUCCUGAGAAACAAAGAGCCAGCCGACGCCCAGGUGACUGUCUCACCAUCACCAUGGAGAUGCACAGCUACUCAUUUUCUCUCCACACGCACGCACGAGCGCGCGCGCACACACACACACACACACACACACACAUACUACUCAUUCCAUUUACAUGAAACUUUACUUCUACACUGACUCUAUCCUCUCCCAAGCUUCCUUGUUCUCUCUUUCUCAGCAGAGUCUUCCAUUCCUCCUCCUGGCCCUGCCACUCCUGCAGGGUCUGGCCUGUCCCCCUCGGUCAACUCCGCCUCCCUGGACUCUGUCUCCUCCCACUCGGUGGUGUCCUCUGAUGUCAGCCUGACAAGCGUUGCCAGCACCCCGCCCCCAGUGCCAAGCCGUGUGAAGCCCCCACCCCCUCCUGCAGACGACCUGCCCUCCUCUGCCUCCUCUCCCCAAUCAGUUCCCUCAAAGAAGGGCCAUGCCCCCCAAUCUCAAACUCAGCCCACUCUGCCACCACAGUCCAGCACUGUGGACCAAACAGAAACCGACUGGCCUCUUGCCCCGCCCUCUGUUGCUGAAAGCUCCCCCGGCAGCCCCACUCACUCAGAGCUUGUCCCUGGGACAACAGGGGCGGAGCUUAUCGAGCUAGUGAGGAGGAACACAGGCCUGAGUUACGAGCUGUCUCGCGUGGCGGUGGGUGUGGUCGUGGGUCACCUGCAGACCACCCUACCUCAAGCCUCCUCUGCCUUAGAGAAGGUCCUCCUCUCAUUGGUAGAGAGCAAGGUCAGUCACGUAACCGUGUAGUUGUAGGAUGUCAACUAACUUGCCAAGGCAGCAGCUACUCUUCCUGGGGUCCAGCAACAUUAAGGCAGUUAUAUACAAUUAAAAAUAUUACAUGACAUGACAUUUCAUAACACUUUAAGUGUGUGCCCUCAUGCCACUACUCUACUAUCACAUGUCUACAAUACAAAAUCCAAGUGUAUGUGUGUGUAUAGUGCGUGUCUUAUCAUGUGUAUAAUAUGCCAUUUAGCAGACGCUUUUAUCCAAAGCGACUUACAGUCAUGUGUGCAUACAUUUUUACGUAUGGGUGGUCCCGGGGAUCGAACCCACUACCCUGGCGUUACAAGCGCCAUGCUCUACCAAUUGAGCUACAGAGGACCACACAUGUGUAUGUGUGUCUGUGCCUGUGUGUGUGUCUCUUCACAGUCCCCACUGUUCCAUAAGGUGUAUUUUUAUCAGGUUUUUUCUAUCUGAUUCUACUGCUUGCAUCAGUUACCUGAUGUGGACUAGAGUUCCAUGUAGCCAUAGCUCUAUGUAGUACUGUGCGACCUCCCAUAGUCUGUUCUUGACUUGGGGAUUGUGAAGAAACCUCUGGUGACAUGUUUUGUGGGGUAGGCAUGGGUGUCCGAGCUGUGUGCCAGUAGUUCAAAACAGACAGCUCGGUGCAUUCAGCAUGUCAACACUUCUUACAAAAACAAGUAGUGAUGAAGUCAAUCUCUCCUCCACUUUGAGCCAUGAGAGAUUUACAUGCAUAUUAUUAAUGUUAGCUCUCCUUGUACAUUUAAGGACCAGCCAUGCUGCCCUGUUCUGAGCCAAUUUUAAUUUCCCCAGGUCCCUCUUUGUGGCACCUGACCACAUGACUGAACAGUAGUCCAGGUGCGACAAAACUAGGGCCUGUAGGACCUGCCUUGUUGAUAGUGUUGUUAAGAAGGCAGAGCAGCGCUUUAUUAUGGACAGACGUCUCCCCAUCUUAGCUACUGUUGUAUCAAAUAUUAUAUCUGUUUGGGCUUCUUGUGGUCAAUUUGCAGUCUACAAAUUAAUUGUAAUUAUGUACCGGCCCCCUGACCAUCCACUCAAGAAAACAUCGGCCCGCGGCUGAAUCUAGUUGAUGAUCCCUGCUCUAGAAAGUGACGUUGUCAUAUGCGCACAUUAUACAUCCGCACCUGACGAGAAACUACACAAAGAAACCGGAAAGCCUGCAAACUACAAUGCUCUUUAUACCAACUAUAAUUGUGACAAUGUUUCGGUCUGAUGUGGAUCUUUGUCAGGUCAAACAGAUUCCAUGUGCACAUAACAUACCCCAUAAUACCCCUGACCUCUCCCUGUAGGAUCAGAGUUCUGCAUUGCCACAGGGACAAGUGUGUCACGAUGAACAGCGCCUGGAGGUCAUCUUAGGCGACCUUGCCCGUCACGUUGAUGACUCUCAGCAGCGCAGCUGGGCCCUUUACGAAGACCACUCCCUCAUCGCAUGUUACCUGGAGGAGCUGCUGAAGAUACUGGUGAGACGCGUGAACUCGGGGACACUUGACUCAGGACUGACACCUGGAUAAUGGAUGUGCCCAAAAUGGCGCCCUACUUCCUAUAUAGUGCACUAUAUAGGGAAUAGGGUUCCGCUUGGGACGAAGCCAAAUACUUUCAUUGAUUACCUUUUGGGGUUUAAUGUGAGAAUACCACUGAGACCUUUCGUAACUGUUGAAUCUAAGGAAGAGAGUGUGUGUUUGUGUCCCCAGACGGAUGCUGAUCCAGAGGUGUGUAAGAGGAUGUGCAGGGUCAACCACGCUGAGCCAGUGUUGUCACUAGUGUCUUAUUAUCAGAUGGUAAGAGAUUCUACAUGUCACUUACUCCCACACCGUUGCUACUGUUAUGCUGUUGCCCACCCAAGAGGACCGCACUAUUGUUAAAUGUGUUGUUGGUGCUAUGAAUGUACUUUAUUAUCAUAGAUGAGUGAUGUCUCACUGGCAUGUUGUAAGCAAUGUGUAACUGUGUGUUACUUCCUGUGUCACUGUGCAGGAGCACCGAGUGUCUCUACGCUUGCUGUUGCUCAAGGUGUUUGGGGCGAUGUGUAGCCUGGACUCUGCCCUUAUCUCAACCCUCCUCAACUCCAUCCUGCCCAUGGAGCUGGCCAGAGACCUGCAGACAGACACACAGGGUGAGGAGGCCUCCUCUCUCUCUCCCUUUCUUUCUUUCUCUCUUUCUUCCUCUGUCUUUCUCUCUCAAUCUCUCUCUCACGCUCCAUCUGCCCGUCUCUCGCUCUUCCUUGUCCUCUCUCUCUCUCUCUCUCUCUCUCUCUCUCUCUCUCUCUCUCUCUCUCUCUCUCUCUCUCUACUGUAUCUAUCUAUUCCUCUGGCAUCUCUUUCUUUCUCUUCUUCUUUCUCUUUGGGACCUCUGUGUCCUUCCUCAAGUAUUUCUGAUUUAGUCUCUAUUAUGUAGCAUAUCUGUGCCCCUCUAUAUCUCUUUCAUUAAUGUGUUUGUGUCUGUGUCCCCCCCCCCCCCCCCCCCCCCCCCUUCCCAGAGCAUCAGAAGAUGUGCUACACAGCCUUGGUCCUGACUAUGAUCUUCUCUAUGGGGGAGCAUGUGCCCUAUCACCACUAUGGUAUGUGCAAUAUCCCCUAACCCCCUUACAUAUCACCACGAUAUUGCUUUAGAUGCCAAAUGUAUACAUCUAUAGAAACAAAAGUCCAAAAUGUAUACACUGAUUGAUAGAAUUAAGACAUUUUUUCUUCUUUUUUCUUUCUCUCGCUCUCUCUCUCUUUCUUUCUUUCUUUCUUUCUUUCUCUGUCUCUCUCCAUCCCUCCCUCCACAGAGCACUUAAACGCUAGCUUUGUUCAGUUCCUUCUAGAUGUAGUAGAGGAGGGUCUUCCCUCUGACCCCACAGAACAGCUCCCUGACCUCUGUGUCAACCUCAUCCUGGCCUUCAACCUGCACCUCACAGGUGAGAUGACAAAGGCUUUAGACAGCAAACACCUUUUCUUUUAGCAAUCUGCAGUUGCUACAUCCAUUUUGGACUUGAUUCUUGAAGAAUAUAACUUAUAAAUGCCUCGAGCUUAGUUCAACUGUCGUACCCCAUCAGAACCCAAAGUAUAAGAUUGUUUUACUCCAGUGUUUGUAAACAAAGUAAUAGUAAACAAACACUGUAUAGCCUCAAAAUAUGGUUAAAAUUAUCAUUGUUAUAUCAUGGAUGGUCAUUCCUUGCAUCCAUAGAUCUGUCUAUAAAUUUGAGUGGUUACAUUUCUCCAGCCCCAUCCCUCAGCUUUUUACCAAAACAUUGGCGGGUAAACACUUUGUUAUUGUUUCAACUGUGGAUUACCACUUUAAAGGGCUACUUCACUACUUUCCAACCUCAUAUUCAUCAUGAUCUGCAGCACCAUACCAGUUAAUUCUGUAUUUAAUCAAUGUGAGGUUAAGAAAUUGUAAAGUGCCCCUUUAAUGUACUGUCAGAAUGGGGAAUGGACUGCUUUAUGUUUUGUGAUAAAGGAGACCCAAGUCCUCUUAUGAAAGAUUUUGAAUUACUUUAACUGUGUGUGUGUUUGAUCUUCGAGGCGUGGUAUUUGUGGUAGUGUAAAGUGUAUGUUAUUUUAAGGUGUAUAUGUUCUUUCUCUCUCAGUGCCCAGCAGCAACGUGAUAAUGCAGACUUUGAUCAAGAAAAACGUGAAGCUCUUUUCUGAGAAAAUAGUGCUGCUACUAAACCGAGGAGGUGACACACACCUGUUAACAUGUAUUUUAAACAAUGCAAUUAAAUUCAAUACAGUUCAAUUCAUUCAUUCUUUUCCCCAACCCACUCUGUCCUUUGCCAUUUGUUUUCUGUUUUUACAUUCUCCUUUUUCCUUUUAUCUCUCUCUUACUUGGUCUUUCUCUCCUCUUCAGAUGACCCUGUGUGUGUCUUUAAACAUGCUCCCCCUGCCCCACACUCAGUUCUUAAGUUCCUGCAGGAUGUCUUCGCCAGCCGAGACUCCGCUGACAUCUUCUACCACACGGACAUGAUGGUGAUGAUAGAUAUCGCUGUUCGAUGCAUCUCUGACCUCUCACCUGGGGACAAGGUGACACUGACACACACACACACCACGCAUCUUCCCAUUGGCCAGCCAGCAGGCACGCUCGCCAUGACAUCAUCAUCCUGAACAGGAAAGUGAAUGUCCACUGUAUAAUGACUGUGUUAAUGACCUCACGUUUACUCUCUCUUUCGCCUUCCGAUCUUUCUUUCUUUUUUCUCCUCCUUCCAGUUGAGAAUGGAAUACCUCUCUCUCAUGCACUCCAUCAUGCGCUCCACAGACUACCUGGAGCACCGGCACCGCCUCUCCGACCUGCAGGGCGCGCUGCAAAGGAUUCUAAGAGAGGACGACUUGGGAGCGGAAAAGGGCGGGGCCACAGCCAAACAGAUGGAUAAGCUAAUAGUGCAGGAGAUCUACAAGGAAUUCCCUCAGAUCAACGAGAGCUAG